AUGGAUCCUGAAGUUUGUGAGAAGGCUCCUGCUCGUCAGCUGAGACGGUCCACAAGACAAUCCUCAGUCACUAAAGCAAUGAGUUUUGAACCAACUCCCAGAGGUCCUUUAAAGAGAACGAAAUCAAAACAAGAAUCUGAAGUCCCAGCUUCAAACGGAACUGUGGAAAAUGACUCUGAUGACGAAGGCUCCCCCAAUAAGAAGACUUGCAUAAAGACUGGUGAUCACUUUGCUUCUGGAGAAGGGAAUGGCCCUUUGAAGGAUGUAACGGAGCCCAUGGAUACACACAGUGAAAGACUGGCAGGAGAUGGAGAUGGAAAUGUCCCACUUACUCAUUCACGACCACCACUCAAUACCCCAGUUCCGGGUUCUCGUGAAGAUGUUAAAUUAAAGCCUUUGGUAGUUCUGGGUCCACGCUGCUCACUCACUCAUCCUAAAUAUGAAAAUGUCAUCAAAACCCAAGAGGAAAAACCAAAAAAUAAGGCCUCACUUCCUACAAAGUCUGUUACCCAGAUUACUUCCCAAACAAAGAUAUCUGAACCAUGCAAUGUUACUGUCACAAGCAUGGCAGAUUACAAGAGGAAGAUGGAGGCCAGAAUUACAGAAAAUCCAAAAGUGAAUAAUUAUGUCCCAAGCAAAUGUCCAACCUCUGUAACAAUAAGUCGGAAGCGCACCGUUGUUUUAACUCCAAAAACAGGCGUUUCAGAGAAGAAAAUGGACCAAAAGAAAACAAAAGUUUCCCCCCAUUACUCAGGGUUUCCAUCAAAAGGUUUCUUAACUUAUUUGUGGCAGCUAGUCCUUUUCCUUCUGUUAAGUGCGGGACUUCUCCUUGCUUUCAAACAACUCCAGACACAACAGAGAGCUCAAAAUGAUAGUACACACUCAUCCAUGUCUGUAAAUACUGAGUUGUUUGUUGGUGAAAUGUCCCAUGUGGCCACGCGGUUCCCCAAUCAACGCCCUGAGCUGUGGAGAAGGAGCCAAAUCCACCUUCAGAAGCACCUGGACUCGCCCCAGCCCACUGAGCCGGUCAGUCUGGUCCUCACCGCUGGUCUGAAGGCUGAGAAGACCCUACACUGCUUGGCCCACAGUGUGGCCUCGGCCUUCUCUUCUGCUGUGAACAGCUCUGUUGCUGUCAUUGACGGAGCCAGUCUAAACAACCUGGACAGUGACCAGGUUAAAAUGGAUAUCGAUGGCCAACUGAAGGCAGCAUUUGGAGGUGACAAACUCGCCGCCGUGGUUGAACGCUUUGAAGAGCUUCCCCCUGGUUCAACACUGAUCUUCUAUCGGUACUGUGACCACGACACUGCAGCCUACAAACGGGCUUUCUUACUGUUUACUGUGCUGCUGUCUGCGGAGGACCUGAGCCCUCAACACAGUCUGAAAGAGGUGGAGGAGCUGGUGCGGGAUCACGUGGAAGAGAGGCUUGUGGGGAAUGAUCCAGCGUUCAAUCAAAUGGAUGCUGAUAAGUUUAGUGGGCUUUGGAGUCGCAUCGCACAUCUGAUCUUACCAGUGGCAUAUGAAGGAGAGAUAGAGCAGAGGGGUUGUUAA